AUGUUGAACGAGUUGAUUACAUGGGUACUUAAUACCUAUCUUGGAAAAUAUUUAGAGGACUUUAACCCGGCACAACUGUCAAUUGCUUUGAUUUCUGGCGAAGUGGAAUUAGAGAAUGUACCAAUACGGAGGGAUGCGUUACGCUCAUUCGGAAUACCAGUUGAAGCUUUAUCAGGAAGUAUUGGAAGGAUCAAAUUGCAAAUACCUGUCAGACAAUUCCGUACAUCGCCUUGGAGUAUUGUUAUCGAGCGUGUUUACGGUGUAUUUGUUCCUAAGGAUCUAAGCGAAUGGGAUAAUGACAAAGAAAAAGAUGCUGAAUAUGCAUAUAAAAUAAGAGUUCUCGACGCGAAAGAGGCAAACUGGAGAGUGGACAAUGGAUGUAACGCAGAGAGCUACUAUUCCUUGUCUUAUUCAAACUGGAUAAACUAUGGUACUUCUCUCGCUACCAAUAUACUUGAGAAUUUAGAACUCACGAUCAAGGAUGUUCAUCUACGAUAUGAAGACACGUUAUCUUUAAAAAAUUCACAUCGCGCUGCCGGAAUACGCAUUAAUACAAUUUCGGCUCAAAGUUGUGAUAGCAGUUGGAUUCCGGGCGCAAAGAAUCCAGACACACAAAAUGUUUCAUUUAAAAUACUGGAAUUAAAAGACUUACAUUUUUAUUGGGAUGUGCUAGAUUCAAGCAAUAUGUGUAGAGAUUUAUCUUCAAAAGAGCUUUUGGAAAAAAUGAACCAAACCUGCAAAAUGGAAGACCACAAUUUUUUAACAAAUCCAAUAAACGCUACACUGAAAUUUAAGAGGGAACGAUGUAAGCAACCGCUUCGGAAUAAAAACCGGCCGAGAAUUUCAUGUGACGUUUUUUUCCACCAAGUUAAUCUUUCAUUAAAUGAUGUUCAGUAUACAGAAAUAGUAGGAUGCUUUCAUGAGCUCCAAAAUAUAUCACACAAAAGGGAAUAUAAGAUUUUGCGACCUUCAAUAUCAGUUUUAAAUGAACCGAAGAGAUGGUGGAAAUAUGCAGCUGAGUGCUAUGGUUACACACUAUGUUCAUCGGAAGAGAAAUUGAAAAUAGCUGGAGAAAACAUAAAAUAUAUGCUCAUUUAUAAGCGAUUGCUCAUAAAUCCGUCGGAAAAUCUUACAAAGGAAGAGAAACAACUCAAAAUCAAUAUAGAAAAAAAUAGGAGCCUCGACACGUUAAAACUUCUUCGAGAUGUAUGUUGCAAUUAUUUAUGCGAUAGAGGAGUGAAUACUCGUCAUCGUAAUAUUGCACAUGGAAAGAAUAUAUUAUAUAACUGGUUUCCGAACUGGCUUGGUUGGUACGGAGUUUCUGAUAACACAAUUUCAGAUGCGCCUAUAGUUAAUAACGACGCAUAUAAGCAUAUAGAAGAUGAUAUACUAAGUGCCAUAAAAGAAUCGAUUGAGAAUGAUACAUUUUCAAAACGAGAUGCAAUUUUCGGAAACUUUACAUUUGCAUUAUCUGAUGUUAAUAUUGCAUUAAAAGCAGCGAAGUCAUCAGGUGAAUCUGUAAUGUUUGACAUGGAGUUGAAGAAUUUAUUUUGUUUUAUAGAAAUUAAACCGAAAUUAACAUCAUAUCGUGUGGGAAUAUCACUUGGAUCGGUGCACUUAAACGACAAAUAUACACCAUCUACUGAGUUUCCGUUUUUAAUAAAACCCCAACAUCAAGAGACCACAAAUACAAAGUCGUUCUACAAUGAAUUUCUUAGUUUAUUUUCCAAACGCGAAGUUUCCCAUUCCAGCGAAGAACCUUGGUUUCAAUUGCAGUAUGAAAGAAGUCCACCGGAACAUCGUUCUGAUUAUCGUCUCAUUAUUAAGUCUAAGAGUUUGGAUGUUGUAUAUAAUGAAAAUGCUUUAAAAUGGAUUGUUUCAUUUUUUGUUCAGCCUAUAACAGACCUCCGAAACGUACGAAAUAUAAUGACGAAAAAAGAAGACAGAGAAGCAUCCCGCUUAAAAUUUUUCAAAAAUUGGAAAAAUGUUUUGGUUGGUCAGAAGGAUAACAGAAAGAAAUGGUCAUUUGAGAUUGACAUUUCAGCACCAAGAAUUAUGUGCGUAGAAAAUUUUCAAGACAAAAAUACAUCUAUAGUACUAAUAGAUUUUGGACGUUUUCAACUAUUUAAAAAUGAACGAUCGCCUACAGACGUUCAAAACGCAGAUGUUGAUGUUAGCGAAAAAGAUAGUGAUGAAGAACUUUUUAUGACUCCUUGCUCAACCCCUCCUGGUUCUAAAACGAGCCUUUCAGAUACACCAAAUUUUAAUACAACAGCUACAAAUGAACAGUUUUCUAGAUUUGUUAUUAAUAAUGAUACCGGGUUGGAAAGCGAACUACAUAGUGAAAUUUAUGACAAAUAUAUUGUUAAUUUAACUGAUUUACAAAUACUUGUAUGCAAAAACAGAGAAUGUGGGUUUGCAUGUGCUAAAAGUUCUUCAAGCUAUCAUUUAUUAGACAAAUUCAAUAUUAAUCUCCAUCUAGAGAGGAGAAUUAUAAUCACAUCAGAUCCUGAGUACCCAUCAUUUACAUUAUUUGGGAACCUUAAUAGAAUCGUAGCGCAUAUUAACGAACAAAAAAUAUCAGAUUGCUUAAAAAUCUUAAAUCCAAUUACAUUCGAUAUAUUUAAUCCAAUGGAAUAUUCGAGUUCAGACGAAACUAAUAUGGAUAAUGAUUCCGAUGCGCUACACAAUGCUAAUACAACAAUAUUUAAAUUUGUCAUAGGACAAAUAAUAUUGGAAAUUCAAUCAAGAGAGAAAAGUAUUGCUGAAAUACAAAUAAUUGGUGCUAAAGCUGGAGUUACAAGAAAAUCAGAUGCAGUAAAUAUUAGUAUGUCGGUGCAUGGGUUUCUAUUAGUCGAUGCAAUUCAGUCGUUUGGACCAGACUUUGAACUUCUAAUUGCUAGCCACAGGCACGUAGAAAUGGAUAGUAUAUCUGGAAGUAUUAAACAGAGUGAACCAUGUUCGCCCAUCUCGCCAGGCUCUCCUGAUCCCAGCGGCCACCAACGUUGUGCUAGUCCCCAUAUUAUAAAUAGAGCAUUAAACGAGUUGCAAACUGGUAAGAAAAGAUUGAAUUCUGAUUUUAACGUGGACAAUGCACUAAUAACAGUAGAUAUAAAUAUUAUUCAUGCUUCGGAAGGACAAGAUACUAUGCAAAUUGCUAAUAUUACAUUUAAUAAUUUAGACGUCAUUGCCAACCAAGAAACUAUUGUUGAACUGCUUGGAUUCGCAAAACGUAUUUUGGAUAAUUACAGGCUUUACAGAAAUGUCAGCACUAGGUAUGAACGCUCCAAUGACACAAUGAUGCAAUACACAAAUCCAAGGUCAAUUGGUAAAUGUAUGUCUGAAGUUAGUUUCGACUUCCAUCGUUUGAAUAUACUUGUACUGAGAAGUACCCGUCUGGAUAGUCUAAAUAUUGGGAGAAAAGUUGGAACCUUAACAAUGAGUGAAGCUAAAAUUCAUGCCACGAUUGGAAAUGAAAUUUGCGUGUCCGGUGCCUUGGGCGGAAUACAAGUUGUGGAUAUUACGCCAGAGGGGUACAACCAUCAACGAAUAUUUUCAGUUGGCAAGGAUCCUUUGACGGAUCCUCCAUCUAUAUAUACAAAUGAUGUCUUGUUUACAUUAACAAACGAAAUGUAUGGCACUGAUUUCGACGACGAUUGUACAUACCUUAAUGCCCUUAGCUUCAAGAUAUCUCAAUCAGAAACAUCGCAAAUCGUAGCGAAGAUUCGAAUGGCAUCGGUGUGGUACACCCAUUGCCCUCGAUUUAUUGAAGAGAUUUAUUUGUGCGUAAAAGAAUUUAAGCAAUAUUUUAAAAAUUUUGUGAGGUCAAUACGAACUAAGGCCAGUCAUAUGGCAAAAGGUCUCGUCAAUCACAUUAGUUCGAACAGCGUUGAAAAAAAAAUUAAUAAAUUUGGAGAGAUUUCGCUUGAUAUCAUUCUCAGUACCCCCGUAUUAGUUUUGCCCAGAUCGUGUAAGAGUCACGAAGUUUUAGUGGCGAAUUUAGGCAGAUUUACCGUGUGUAAUAAACAAGAAAAUUUAGCACAACAUUUAUGUACCUCAUCUACACCAGAACACAGCGAAAAGAUUACUUAUUUCAUUGACGUCAGAAAUAUCAAUUUAUUUUCUUUAAACACUCAGAAAAGGAAGAACGUAGGAGCAAACACCUUACCAAAGGCAAAUGAAAUAUAUUCUUGUCACGAAGAUGCCGUACCAAUCCUACAUGAUACAGCUUUACUUUUCCAAUGUGUGUAUGAAUCAAAACUUUCUUUACCACGAAAUUGUAUGGAAAAUUCACUAUUGGGUGAAUAUGAAUAA